AUGGCUAACUCUUCAACAAGCACGGUCCUUGAGGUCGGGGUGUCUUCCGCAGUGGUGGCCUUAGCAACACCUUCCAGGCCUGUUUUCAGUUGUGUUUCUAGCAUGAUUGAAAACAUGCUUAGAGAAGGCCGUCAGGGCUUGAGGGUGCUGCCAUUCAAUGAGUUGGGAGAAGGAUUGGCCAGGCUAAGGGCAUUUGCAGGGACUACUGGGUCGGGACGGCGCCAGAGAAAGCACCCAACUGCCGCAGAAACCCAUGGAGUGUCUUCAAAUAGUGGGCGUAUUCGGAGGUGGAAGAGUGACAAGCGUCCUAUGGUGUCAAAAUUAGGAGAUGACUCUGACAGCUCUGAGCCUGUUGGCAUUACUUCUGAUCGGGAGGGGACUCCGGAUCUUAGAGAGACACCCUUGAGUCCAGGGAUAGUUCCUGAUUCUAUGGCAGCUCAGUUGGAGACUAAGGAGGACGAAAGCCCUGAAGCAGCAGCUCCAGAUAGGGGCUCAGAUGUCGAUGUGUCCUCCAUGCUCGAGGAGUUUAGUGCUUCGACCGUGGCAAGGGCUAUGGCUCGAGGAGAAGAGCUUGAAGUUGAUGAUGUGCCAGAGCACCAAGAGGUUGCUGCUCCCAUGGCCCCGAAUCAUGACGAUGAGGGGACUGAGCUCUUUGGGGUUGAGGUUCUUGCUGUUGAAGGUGAGGGACAAGUGAGGGAAGCCACUGCCAAGGAUGAGUCGGUUGGCGACGGCAAAAGAGAAGGGGCGAUUCCUGAACUUGAUGAUGAUGAGGCGACAACCAAGGAUUGUGAGGAGCAAGGGAAACAAGUUCUUCUACAGCUUGUUGGGACAGAAGUAGAGGUCCCCAUAAGAGAGGGUCCGGACAGUAAGGCUGACAUUGAAGAGCUCAUUGGGCAUAUUCGGAGGCAGAAGAGUGACAAGCUUCUUGUGGUGUCAGAAUCAGGAGAAACCGUGGCAGAGGACUCUGACAGCUCUGAGCCUGUUGGCAUUGCUUCUCAUCGGGAGGGGACUCUGGAUCUUACGAAAACACCCUCGAGUCCAGGGGUAGUUCCUGAGUUUGAGGCGGCUCUAGUGGAGACUGAGGAGGAUGAAAACCCUAAAGCAACUGCUCCAGAUAGGGGCUCAGAUGUCGAAGUGGUCUCCAUGCACGACAAGUUUACUGCCUCGACCGAGGCAGGGGCUAUGGGGCGAAGAGACUGAAGUUGAUGACAUGCCCGAGCACCAAGAGGUUGCUACUCCCGUGGCCUCAAGUCAUGAAGAUGAGGUUACACCCGAGGUUCUGGCUGUUGAAGGCGAGGGCCAAGUGGAGGAAGCCACUACCAGGGAUAAGGCGGUUGGUGAAGGCCAAAGAGAAGGGGAGAUUCUUGAACAUGAUGAUGCUGAGGUGACAGCCCAGGAGUGUGAGGAGCAGGGGAACAUGUUCUUCUACAUCCUGUUGGGACAGAAGUAAAGGUUCCCAUAAGAGAGGGUCCAAACUGUGAGGCUAGCAUCAAAGAGCCCAUGCAAAUUGAGGCCGAGGCUGCCCAUGACCCCGAAGGAAAAGAAGUUCUAGGCUUUUCCCUUGUUUCAGAGGAGCCAGUGGCUCAGAUGGCUAUCUCUUCAACAAGCCCGGUCCUUGAGGUCGGGGUGUCUUCCGCAGUGGUGACCUUAGCAGCAUCGUCCAGGCCUGUUUUCUGUGGUGUUUCUAGCAUGACUGAACGCAUGCUUAGAGCAGACCUUUAAGGGUUGAGGGAGCUGCCUUUCAAUGAGUUGGGAGAAGGAUUGGCCAGGCUGAGGGAGUUUGCUAAGACUACUGUGGUCGAGACUGUGCCAGAGGUGCUUUCCAAUUUUGGGGCAACUCUAAACGAGUUGGAGGGCUGGCGA